CAGGGGGUAGAGUCUAAGUGGUGAGGAGUGGAACCGUUGUCCGGUUGUGCACCUGACACCAUGGUUGACACACGUAGUGGUAAGAGUACUUCCCCACAGUCAGAAGCUGAACAGGAACGGAUCGCCGCCAUCUUGAGAGAGAGAAGGGAGAAGAAGGAGAAGAUGGAGCUCCUCAAACAGGCGAAGUUGAAGGCGAUAGCUAAGGAGCAGGCGACGAAAAAAAAGAAAUUGGAGGAGGAGAUGAUGAGAUUACAGCAGGAGGAGGAAGAGAAAAAGAGGGUUGCCGAAGAAGAAGCAGCAGCAGAGGAGGAAGAAUUAGAAGAAGAACCCCUCGAAAGGAGGCGUAGGGGAGAAAAAGGAGAAAGCAGUGGCACGAAGGAAGAAGAUGCGUGGGUGGAGAAGAAGAUCAGUGAAUGGGUUGCUAAUUUAUCGGAGUUGGAAGCCAUGGAAGAUCCCCUGGACCGCCAGACGCUGGAGGAUGAAAAGAGAUUGGAGUGGAAGUUGCGGCUGGCAAGGGAGAAGAAGAGGAGGGAAGAGGCCAACCGGAUGGGCAGAAAAGUGGAAAAGAUACAAUCGUGUAAGCAAGAAGUGGGAGCACAGCAGGAUAUUCCGGCCAAAUUAGAUAAGAUCUUGAGUUAUCUCAAGAUUUUGGGACAGGCCUGGACUGAGCAGUAUCAGGCUAAUAAGGGCCAAAAGGUGACCCUCCAUGCCAUCUGGACUGGGUUUAGAGAGUUUGCGCGUGACGUGGUGACCCACAUCGGGACUGAAGUUAAAGGCGCAGAGAAGUUCUCUGCAAGCGCCAUUGAAGGCGCCAAAGUAGUGGCCACAGCAGAGGCUGAAGCGCGGCCCCGCAAAGAGCCAGUUAAGCUCAAGUUCCCAGACGCGUAUGGCGGGAAGCCCGAAGAGAGUUUUGAUAACUGGGAGGCUAGCGUUAAUAGCUAUGUUUAUUUACAGCACAUCGUACAUGAAGAACAUGUUCUCGUAGCCUUCCAUGCACUGAAGGAUGACGCGGCCAAUUUUGCCAGGUCCCUAGAGCGCGCAGCCAGUUGUGAGAACAACAUGGUUGCCUAUUCUAAAGUCACCUCCCUUCCCCAUUUCUUCAAGCUCCUCCGAGAGCGAUUCACUGAUCUGAGGCGUGGUGUUAAGGCCUCAAACAAACUCCAGACCAUCCACUCACGACAGUGGAGGUGUGCGCGAGCACUCAAAGCCGUUAUGGACGACUUCGUAGUCGUCCCAGACCACGGGGUCACUGAGGCCCAGUUGGUCCAAUUGUUUUAUCGUGCCAUGCCAAAGCCCUUACGAGGGCAUUUCUUUGACAAGAGUCAACAGCCCACCAUGACGUACGAUGCUUUGAGUAGAGAGGUGGUGCUGCAUGAGGCAAAGUCCACGUCAGUGUCCACUUUCUGGCAUAAGGACUUAGACAAAGGCAUGGACUGGGGAGAGGCAGCAGGGGCCACACUCUAUUUGAGAGAGCAUGAGUGUAGGCUCCCUUGUCCAUCAGGCGAGGUCAAGAUGGCCCGCCUGUUCCAUGUGUCAGGAGUAGACAACUCCUUGGCACAUUGCUGUCUCAGUGCUCCCACGUUCACGCGAUUAGUUAAAAAGGAGCAGUUAGAGGAGCAGGUCUUCGUAGCUUAUGUAAGGCCUGUUACUGAGCCUAAGGAAGAGAAUCCCAUAGAUCCAGCUAUUGCCAAGCUGUUGGAAGAGUUCACAGAUUUAGCAGAGCCGCCGUCAGGAGUAGUGCCGCGGCCGAUCCAGCAUCGUAUAGAGAUAGAGCCUGGCAGUAGAACUCCUAGGGGAGCAGUUUACAGGAUGUCCCCUAGGGAAUUAGAGGAGUUGCGCAAGCAGUUGGACGAGCUCCUCGGAAAGGGUUGGAUUAGGCCCAGUUCAUCUCCUUUUGGAGCACCAGUCUUGUUUGUCCCCCAAAAGGAAGGAGCGUUGCAGAUGUGCAUAGAUUAUAGGGGUCUAGACACGAUCACAGUAAAGAACGCUGAGCCACUGCCCAGGAUAGACGAUCUCCUAAAUCGAGUGCAGGGCUGCAGAUAUUUUUUGAAGAUCGAUCUGAAGUACGAAUAUCAUCAGAUAGAGGUCCAUCUUGAUGAUCAGUACAAGACUGCGUUCCGGAUUAGAUAUGGGCACUAUGAGUUCAUAGUGAUGCCCUUUGGACUAACCAAUGCGCCUGCCACGUUCCAGCGUUGUAUGAACGAUUUGUUUAGGCCAUGGUUGCUCAAGAAAGAGGCAAUCUGGCAGUGGGAUAAAGAUUGUACGUCUGCGCUAAAGAAGUUAAAGCGCGCGUUAAUAGAGUAUCCUGUCCUCAAAGUAGCAGAUCUGUCUUUGCCAUUUGUCGUCACCACGGACACGAGUCAAUAUGGUAUAGGCGUCGUGUUACAGCAAGACGACGACCAUGGCUACAGAACCGUAGAGUUCAUGUCGACGAGGAUGCCCUCAGAAAAAGUAGCUACCUCGACUUACGAGAGAGAACUCUACGCUCUCAGGCAGGCCUUAGAGCACUGGAAGCAUUACCUGCUUGGGAGGCACUUCAAAGUGUAUUCAGACCACGAGACUCUUAGGUGGUUGAAGACACAGGCCAAAAUGACACCUAAGUUGACUAGGUGGGCCGUUGAGAUAGAUCAGUAUGACUUUGGUCUCAAACCGGUUAAGGGCAAGUACAAUGUAGUUGCGGAUGCUCUAAGUAGGAGAUCGGACUACUUUGGAGCUAUAGUCCACUAUCUGGAUAUAGGGACAGACCUGCAAGAGAAAGCACCAGAGUUAGCCGAGGUCCUAUACACCGGUUGGAUCCGCUCCAAGGGCUACCCCAAGGAGAUCGUUUGCGACCGGGACACUCGCUUUCUCUCCGACUUUUGGGUCGCCCUCGUCAAACGAUGGGGCUCAUCGUUGAAGCCGAGUUCGGCUCGCCACCCGCAAACCGACGGUCAAACGGAAAGGGCGCAUCAGACCGCUCAAGUUCUCCUACGCACUCUCAUCCGUCCUGACCAGGUUGAUUGGGUCGAGCGCUUGCCAGACGUGGAGUUGGCUUACAACUCAUCGAUCCAUCCGGCUAUUGGGAUGUCACCAUUCGAGUUUGAGCAUGGUUCACCCAUCUCAUCGCCGCUGGACGCCAUUUUGCUGCGCACAGCCGAGAGCGACGACCAUCUUACGUUCCUUCGUCGCAUGCAAGAGCUCCUUGUCAAGGCACGGGAUCAGAUGUCAAAGACGCAAAUACGGAUGAGCCGCCAARCCAACCGCAAYCGUCUUCCUUGCCCRUUCCGCGCCGGCGAUCUGGUUUGGGUCUCCGCCGCGGAGUUCAGCCUUGAACAAGACAUCUCUCGCAAGCUCCUUCCCAAAUGGAUGGGGCCUUGGCGCAUUCUCUCUGCAGUUGGUGAUGAUCCCGAGGGGCCUUCAUUCCGCAUCGCGGUGCCACCUCACUUGCCCGUCCACACGGUGUUCCACUGUUCCAAACUCGCUCCUUUUGUUUCGGCAGAAUCCGACGAGUUUCCCGGUCGACGUACGCAAGACCCUCCUUCCAUGGACGGAUUUCAGGAGGCCGGCUACAUCAUCACCGACCGGCGCCAUGGCAACAAGGAAACGGAGUUUCUACUUCACUUUUCCUACUGCAGCCACAAGGCUGACCGUUGGCUGACGCGUUCGGAACUGCAGGCCACCGCCCCCACAGUUCUCUCACGUUAUUUAAGCAAGGAGAAGACUACGCUGGGCACCUCAGCUCCCCGGCCUCCUCGCUACGUUCCGCCAUCAGAUCGGCAGCUUCGCUCGCGCCCCGGCUCAUCUUCAUAAGGAGGGGGGCUUGUUACAUGCUGAGAGCCUCCACACGGGCCCCUCACGGCACCCGAGGUUGGAUAAGGGCCCCCAGGUCGC